UAUAAGACAAUACACAUACAGUAAUGUGUGUUUUAGUCUCAGUUUUCUGUUUAUCUUGUAAAGAUGGAGAAAUAUUUAAGCGUGAAAGAUUUAGAAAAUGCAGCUAUUGAGUUGCUGCCUAAAACGGCAAGAGAUUACUAUAAGAGUGGUGCAACCGAGGAACAGACAUUAACCGAAAACAGAAAAGCUUUUCAAAGGUUACGUAUACGGCCAAAAUGUUUAAUAGGGGUAGAUAGUACAGAUCUACGCACCACCGUGUUGGGACAUGAAGUUUCUAUGCCUGUAGGCAUAUCUCCUACUGCUAUGCAACGAAUGGCACAUCCUGAUGGAGAGCUUGCUAAUGUUAAAGCUGCACAAGCGGAGAAAACGAUUUAUACACUUAGUACAAUAGCUACAAGUUCCAUAGAAGAAGUUGCAGAAGCUGCCCCCCAUGGAAUUAAAUGGUUUCAAUUAUACAUUUAUAAUGAUAGAGAUGUUACAAAAAAAUUGGUGUUACGAGCGGAAAAGGCAGGGUACAAAGCAAUCGCCCUAACUGUGGAUACUCCGUUAUUUGGGAUUCGAAGAGCUGAUGUUCGAAAUCGAUUUACUUUACCUCCACAUUUAAAACUUGCAAAUUUUGAGGGUGAACUAGCAAAUAAAAUAAAUAGAUCAGACAGUGGAAGCGGUUUAACAGAGUAUGUUAAAAAUUUAUUUGAUAAAUCCUUAACAUGGAAUGAAAUAAAAUGGUUAAGAAGCAUUACUAAGCUACCUAUAAUAGCUAAAGGUAUUUUGCGAGGUGACGAUGCUAUAAAAGCUAUCGAAGCUGGAUGCUCUGCUAUUCUGGUUUCAAAUCACGGUGCGAGACAACUAGAUGGAGUGCCAGCAACGAUUGAAGUUUUACCUGAAAUUGUUGAAGCUGUAAAAGACUACAACGUCGAAGUGUACUUAGAUGGAGGUGUUACGACGGGUACAGAUGUGUAUAAAGCACUAGCACUUGGAGCGAAAAUGGUUUUUGUCGGACGUCCUGCGCUGUGGGGCCUAGCAGUAGGUGGUCAAGCAGGUGUGCAGAGGAUGUUAAGCAUAUUACGUAAUGAACUUGAACAUACUUUCCAAAUAGCAGGGACUCCUACCGUUGCUGAUAUCACAAAAGAUAUGGUUCGCCAUGAAUCAGCUUAUUCUAAACUAUAGUGUUAAAGAAGUUAGCCAGUUAUGCAACCAUAUUAAUAAUUUGAAUUGAAAUAUUGUAAAGAUUGUAAAAU